AUGGCCCAACCGGCAGCACCAGCUCCAGCUCCACCGAUGAGUUCACCAGAGAGCGCCACCGCCACCGAGAGCUCACCGGAAGACGCCCUAUCCGAAGAGAGCCUCAAGGGCUUCAUAUCCUCGCUCCCGUCAAGGGAGGGGUGGCCGAAGCCGCUCAUCCAGUACAAGGGCUACUGGUUCAAACCGGGGAUCCUGGAUGGGGUCCUGCACGCCAGACAGGCCUUCGCGCCCCGCGCCGACGACGUCGUCCUCGCCACGCAGCCCAAGUGCGGCACCACCUGGCUCAAGGCCCUCGCCUUCGCCAUUGCCACCCGGUCCCGUCACGACCUCGGUGCCGCCGAUCACCCGCUUCUCACCCGCCACCCACAGCACCUCGUGCCGUUCAUCGAGAUCCCGGGCGCUGCUGGCGGCCAUGUUGACCUCAGCGCGCUCCCGUCCCCGAGGCUCCUCGCCACGCACAUGCCCAUGUCGCUGCUCCGGCCGGAGACGCGGUCGCUUGGGUGCCGCGUCGUGUACCUGUGCCGGGACCCCAAGGACACACUCGUCUUCAGGCUGCACUUCGAGAACAAGCUGGUCGCACGGGGUGGCGGCGCCGGCCUGUCCAUGGACGACGCCUACGGCAUGUUCUGGGAGGGGUUCUCGCCCUACGGCCCCUUCUGGGACCACUGCCUCGAGUACUGGGAGGAGAGCGUGGCGAGACCGGACACCGUCCUCUUCCUCAAGUACGAGGAGAUCAAGUCGGACCCGGCGCGGGUCGUGAGGAGGCUUGCAAGCUUCCUCAGCGUCCCGCUGACUGAGGAGGAGGAGAGGUCCGGCGUGGCGGAGGAGGUGGCGAGGAUGUGCAGCUUCGAGACGCUCACGGGGCUGGAGGUGAACCAGGUCGGCGGCGUUAGCCUCGGGAAUAGAGUUCACGUUGAUAACUCUGUGUUCUACAGGAAAGGCGAGGUAGGGGACUGGGUGAACCACAUGAGCCGAGAGAUGGGGGAGAAGCUCGACCGCAUCGUCUAG